AUGGCUGAAAGUCCACGCUCUGCAUUCGGCCGUGGUUCGCGGCCUUCGAGUCGCGGAGCUCUCAGUCAUGCCUCAGAUGCCACCGAACGACCAGACUCCGCCGGGUCUACGAGGACCCUCACCCAAGAGAUUGACCACAUCAAGCACCUCAUCAGCCGAUCUAAGAAUGCCCCGACUCAAUCCGCCGGCAGUAUCACUGCACAGGUGUUUCGACAGAGAAGCUCCUCUACGCCAGUCAGCACCGCGCACAUCUACCACGAGCUAGACCAGUUGAAGAAGCGCAUCAAAACCGAGCAUCAUACCCUCAUUCGGAGACCCUCGCAGACCGAUCCCGAGACUGAAUCAGAGGCCGAGCCAGAUGAUCUACUUGACGAGCGAGAAGAGGAGCUAGAGAGAGCGAGGGAGGAAGUGCUCAUUGUAAAGCAGAAUGGGGAGCAGUUGCUGGAAGCUGCCGAGAGAAAAGUCGACGGUCUCACGGGUGAAAAGGAGUCUCUGGAAGGCACACUAAGCGGAUAUCGAUCAGAGUUGAACAAGGUCAAAAAGGAGAAAGGAGCUUUGGAGCGGCGGAUACGUGAAGUACAACAGCAGAGUGACAAGCAGGUGCAGGACCUUAAAUACUCCCUUCAACAACACCAACUCCAAGUGCAAGAGCUGCGAGAGGAGAAGGAGAAGAAAGAUGCUUCGAAUGAGGAGGCCAGCCAGCAGAUCUCCAGAUUGCAGGCGCUGAAGGCUGAGAUUGAGCAAAGGUUGGCGACGAGCAGCGAACGAGUCUCGAAUUUGGAGCUGGAGAAUCAAAAGGCUGCGGACAAAAUUCAACGCACAGUUGAAGAACACAAGGUCAGCGAGGACAACUUAAAGAAUCAGCUCGAGCAGGUACAAUUGCAGCAUGCUGAUGUAAAAUCUGAAAUAACUCGGCAUCAAUCGAUCAGUGAUGAGCUGAGGCAGAAGCUGGAGAAAUCGGAGGCUCUUGUUGACCAAGUGAGUGAGGAACGCGACGCUCGAUGCAGUGAGCUCAGUAGCCACGUCGAGGAGCAGAAGAAGGCCGCGGAUGCUCAUGGGAAACACAUUACUUCUCUGCAAAGUGAGCUUGACGAGAAGGAUGUCCACGCUAGCAGACUUGCGAAGGAUAUCGAAGACUUUCGUCUUAAGCUUCAGGAAGCAGUGGCAGAAAGAGAGCAUCUUGUCAAGGUUCACGAUGAAAAAUUGCAAAAUGCUAAAGCCCGACAUGAGCAGGCCGUCCGCGAUAUUCAAGAAGAGCACGACGCAAGGAACAGCCGUGCCGAAGAAGCGCUCAGUCUUGCGAACAGUGCUCAUGUCGAAGAGCUUGAAAGAACGAAGACGUCAAGUGCCAAGGACCUUUACGAGGCGAAGUCGCAGCACAAUGGCGAGCUAGACAAGUUGAGGGCCUUGCACGUUGAAGAGAUUGGCGGGCUUACGAGUGCUCAUGACGAUGAGCUUUCUUCCGUCAAAGACAAUCACAGCCAGGAGCUAUCGACGGUAAGAGCCACUCAUGAUGAGCAGCUUCGAAAUGUCAAUGACGAGCUUCGUGAAGCGAGACGUGCCGCUAAAGACGCGUCUGCUGGAUAUGCCCAAGAGAUUGAAGCUCUUCAAGCAGAACACAGAAGUCACGCUCAAGCUGCCAGCGACGACCUGGAUGAUGUGAGGCGACGUCUUGAGGAGGUUCAGACUAAGGCAGACAAGCAAAUCGCUGACUUGAAGGAUGCCAUCGUCUCUCACGAGAAGACUGCCGACUCGUUACGUGACAGUUUUGUCAAGAAAGAUGCAGAGCAUCAAGCACGAGUCCGUGACUUGGAGAUAAAUGUAGAGGAGAACGAGCAGCAGCUGGCUAGUUUACGUGCUGUGCAUGCUGAGCUUGAGAAAUCCUCCGAGUCGAAGAUCCAGGACUUAACGUCUGAGUUGACUUCUCGAAACGACGAGAUUCAAAGGUCCCUAGCAGAGGUCUCUGAACUUCGUCAGCAUUUGGAGACUCGCACAGCCAGCUAUGAGAAGCGCGUGAACGAUCUCACCAACGAAGUGGUAGCGAAAGAGAAGCGACUCCAAGAGGCUGAAGAGGCACGAGCAAACGCACUGCAGGACCUCAUUGGCAAGCACUCAACUGCUCUCGAGGAUCUUAAGACCUUCCACGCCGCUGAAGUAGAUCGCCUGCACUUGGAGUACAAGGAUUCGGCAGAAAGCUCUGGUCAGGACCACAGUGGCAAAAUUGCAGACUUGAAUGAAUACCACCAACGAGCACUUGAGCAGGUGAAGCAAGAAAAUGACAAGAUGUCGCAAGAACUGAAAGACGCGCAUGCUCGGGAGCAGGACACGCUCAAGGGCCAGCACACUAGUGAGACUGAGCGAAUGCGGCAGGAGCACAUCCAUGCUCUUGCAGAAGCUAAGCAGCGAACGGAUCAACUCAGGUCUGAGCAUCAGCGUGAGAAGGAAGUACUAGCGACAGAACAUACAAGGAGUCUGGGUCAAGCCAGAAGUGAGUCAGAUGAGGCGCACUCGGUCGUACUGGCGCAGAAAGAUCAAGACUUUCAGCACCGCCUUGAGGGCCUCCAAGAUGACCACGAGAAGGAGAGGCAACUUCUGGUCUCUGAACAUGCAGACUCUAUACAGCAAGGAAGACAGGAGGCUCAUGCACACGGAGAGGCACGGCUGGCAGAGCUCCAACAAGAGCAUGACUUUGAACUUGCCAGGCUCCAUUCUGAAAAUGAGGCAAAGGCAAGAGAAAUUCAGGAAAGGCAUGAGGAAGCUCUUCGCCGCGCAGAAGCCAGUCGCAGGAGCCUGGAAAACAUUCAUGCCGACGCACUCAGUGACAUCCGAAAGCAGCACGAAGCCCUCACUUCGCAGAUGCAGGAGAAACAUGACGCCGACCUCCAAGCCCAAACUGCAAAGGCCAAAGAACAACAUGAAGAUACCGUGGCAACCCAUGACGCAAAGAUAGAUACACUACUCUCUGACCACGAGUCUGUGAUUUCUGGCCUGAAGAAGGAUCUUGUCUCUGCGCAAGAGACCCUCGCUGCUGCUUACGCAGGUCACGAACUUGCUGCUGAGCAACUGCAGUCUGCCCACGGUACUGAACUGGAUAGGCUAAAGUCGAAUCAUGAAGGCGAGCUUGGGGAGCUGCGUUCCGCCCAUAACAAUGAGCUCAAUGACCUUCGUACUGCAUUGACACAGGGUGAAGAUCGAAUGAUCGCCUCCAAAGCUGAGCACGACGCCGCGGUGGAGGACUUACGCUCCUCGCACAGUGCAGCACUCCAGCAGCUGCGAGAUGAACAUGAUCGAACUAUCGUAGAGGCUCAGUCGGAACACGAUACAGAAGUGAAGGGCUUGCGUGAUGCAAUGGAAGACUUGCGCUCCUCGCACAGUGUAGCGAUCCAGCAGAUACAAGAGCAGCAUGAUCGUGGCGUCAAGGAUUCUCAAGCGAAGCACGACGAAGAAUUGAAAGGCUUGCGUGAUGAGCUUGCGCAAGCGCAGGACAGGUCUACUGCUGCGCAGGCUGCACAUGAUCUUGCCUUUCAGAAUCUGCAAUCUGCGCAUAGUUUGGACCUUGAAAAGCUUAGGAUUACCCACGACGAAGCAAUGAAAGAGCAAGGAUCUAGGCACGAGGACCAAUUGCAAGGCCUUCGAAAGGAGACCGAGGCUGCCCAAUCCAACCUGGAACGAGAGCACGACGAGACUCUUACCGGUCUCCGUUCUGAACAUCAGACCCACGUCAACGCGAUCAACAACGAUCGUUCAGAGAAGCUGUCAAGCUUGCAAGAUGAGCAUCAGUCUGCGAUUGCCGAUCUCAAAGCAGAGCAUGCAAGACUGCUAGAUAAUGCACGGCAAGCAAGCACGCUCUCGGAUCGUGAAAAGGAAGACAAGCACGAAGCGGCGAUACAGACGCUCCGGGCGUCAGCCACUGCAGAUCUUGAGAGGCUUCGCGAGGGACACGCUCAGGAGCUGAAAGCCAGAGAGGCACAACAUCAAGAAGUCCGGGAUCAAGCGCUUGGCGAGCAUGACACCAAGAUCGCCAGCAUGUUGGCUGAGCAUGAGAAGGAGCUCGGCAAUCUUCGAGCAUCGCUGCUCGCAAGCCGCGAGGAAGAGCGGCAGAAGCAAGAGAAAGCGUCCAGCGACAGCAAAGUAGCCGCUGCAGAACAAGUGGAGAAGCUUCGUAUUGAGCAUGACAAGACUCUGGACAUGGCGAAGGCUGACGGACACGCUGCUAUGCAAAAGCUGAAUCAAGAGCAUGAAGAGCGACUGAGGUCUUUGCAGCAAGAGAUGGAGAAUACGAAAGCGGAGCAUGAGACCGUCUUGCAAGCUCAAUUGGCUGAGGCAGAGACUGAUUCGAAUGGACGACUGACCACGCUACGAUCUGAACAUAGAAUGGCCCUCGAAGAAGCGGAGAAGACGAGCCAGAGCGAGGUCGAAAAUUUGCGGCUUGAACAUGAGAACCACAUUCAGGAACUUCAAGCGUCAUUGGAAGCGCAGCAAGCGAGCCACCAGGAAGCAUUGGGAGAUAGCGAGUCGGCCUGGACUUCAAGGCUUGAUGAGGUGAAGAGCCAACAUGACACCGCCUUACUGGAUCUUCGGGGCAGUCACGAAGAAUCAUUGGCUCAAAAGGUGAAAGAAUUGGAACUUCAACGUGCAGAGGCGUUGGCUUUGGCAGUCAGCAGUGCAGAUACCCAAGCGAAGGAGAGAGCCGCUGCAGCCGAACAGCAGCACCGAGCUGCUCUUGAAGCUGCUGUUGAACGAUCUCGACAAAGUGGUCAAGCUGAAAUCAAGAACUUGAAGAAACGUCAUCAGGAUGCAGUGGCCCAGGUUCGGUCCAAUGCGCAGAAGCAAGCUGCCGCUCAACUCACUGAGUUGGAGCAGAGUCACGCGAAGGAGCUUAAGGCCAGUCUUGACCAAGCACGUGCUGCAAUCGAGAAGGCUCGUCAAGAAUCGACAGAGUAUCAUCAGGGCGACAUGCUACGGCUCGAAACGGAGCAGCAGUCGAAGUUGACUGAGCUGGAGAAUCGUCUACACUCGGAGAGAGAAGCUGAGUUGUCAUCGAAACAGUCUGCUUUCGAUUCGGAAAUUGCAGCCCUGCAAAGUCGCCUGGACGCCUCGCUCACUGGGCAAGCUGAAGCCGAGAGGAGUCUGGCUGGGCUUCGAAAACAAGUCUCGCAAGCGGAGAAACGGACGGCAGAAGCAAAGGAUUCUUCGGUUGAGGAGAUCUCUUCUUUGCAGAAGGAGAAAGAAGACCUGACCUCGCAGCUUGAGAAGGUCCAGGGAACGCUGCGUGAGUUGCAGAGCAAGUAUUCGACUGGUGCCAAUACGCCAAAGAAUACUGGCACGAACGAGGAGCUUGCGGCUAUGAAGUUGCAGCUGGACAGCUUGGAAGAAGAGCGGGCCGCGAUGAGGUUGACGUUGCAGAAGAGACUGGACGAGAAGACGGAGCUGACACGACAGAACGACUUUCUCAUCAAGGAGCUCGAAGCACUGCUUGCUCAGCGCGCAAGGCCGAAACCACCUACGAGAAACACUAGUGAUGCUCUUGUACAGACUGAUCAGCUCAUCUCUGAGCCAAAAGUCGACCUUGCCUCAGUCCAGCAAGUCAAGUCUGAAAGACGCAAGAGUAUUCGCCCAGUGACGCCGAUGAGUCCUGGUCAGAGACAAGCAAAGGAUGAAGUUGACAUGGCUUGGAAGACUCGCUCUUUCGAAGACUACCUGCACGAUGCCCAUGCUGAAUUGUCCGAACUCGGAAGCGUGAUCACGGCCAACGAGCAGCUGUUCUCACGCAAGAUUGAAGAGCAUGUUGGCGAACUCCAGCGAGCGAAAGAUCAGCUAGCUUCUGACUACCAAUCCAAGCUCGAGAAGCUCGCCGGCGACAAAGAGCGGAUGGACAAGAUGAUCACAUCGACGCAAGCCGCGGCAUUUGCAAAGGACCGAAGGGAUCUCGUAGCACAGUACGACGCCGACUUUGACGACCCAAGCGAACAAGCUGCGAUGCUCUCCAGUCUGCCUGUGGGCAAGGCUAGAGCUUUGCGAACGGCCGAGCAACGACUGGUGCAAGAUUACAACAAGCGCAUUGCGAAACGAAAGUCACAGAUUGCGUUGAAGCAUGCCGAGGAGUUCCAGACCAUUACGCAAGAGUACGACAGAAAGAUUGCAGAGCUGCUCAACAACAGGUAUAGACUAGAGGGCGACUUGUCCCUGGAUCCAUCGCAGUUCGAGGAUGAGUUUGGAGAUUUGCACUCACGAUCUGAGCAAUUGCAGGCUGAGAAAGCGCAAAGUGCGCACAAUACCCCAGUCAGGACGAAGAUAAUACCACCUGCCGAGGACGACUUUACUCUACAGCCUCGACGAACACGGACACGAGUGUCUGAGGAGCGUCCGCCGUUGAUGCAGAGGACUAGCAACCCGCGAAACUCUACUUCCCUUCCACGGUCAUCACUGCAGGAGAGGAGAGUCAGCCCUGAGCCCCCAGCUGUGCCCAAAGUGCCAUUCCCGGGCAGCAGAGACAGUCCAGAAGCCACCUCGCAACCUUUCCGCGGACGCGAACGAUACGCCCCCGUUACGCAAAGAUCCCUUAUGCGAGUCAAAGAGCCUUCAGACGUGCAUCCUCGUCCUCAACAGCGAGUCGUGUCGGAGCCCUCGCCAACGAAGAGACCUGCGUCAAGACGUACAAACGGCAGCACAGCCCACGACCUCAGCGGUUCCUCUGCCAACUUCGAAAGACCUGAAGCAUCAGAACAUAGUCCCCACCUGCAUCCCGACAAGAACUCGCCCUCCAAACCGGGCUUCCUCCGUCGCGUGAAAGACCGCAUCUCUUCAGACGGCCACCGUCCUCACAUGCCUAGCUUCCAUAGACCGGGCUCAGCAUCUGGACGACCGGCAUCAAGAUCUAACAGACCAUCUUCCAGAGCUACCAAUCACAACACCCGUCUUCCACCUACACCUGAGCCGCAAACCGAGGAGCCCGCGCCAGAACCUGCUGUCCCCGGCGGGCCGGCCUUCAUGAAACCUAAGAGGACGAGAGCGAAGAAGUUGUCGAGUGGGAUGAUCUAUUAUCAAGCGCCACGGCAGAAGAGUCCGGCUAUGGAGUUUGAAUGA